GAGAAAAAACACAUAUAGCCAAUGACCUUCUCGUGGUCUUCUGUGCCAUAAAAGCCAUUAUAUAACCAUUCAAACACAAUCUGGCGCCACAUAUACAUAUGUACUAGUGUAUGUAUAUGUCUUAACCUCUAUAUAUUCAUAUCUCUCUCCUUGUGUGAGUGGUGCGAUGGGUAUCCCCAUAAGCUGCAACAUUGAACCAUCUGCAACAUUUUGACUCGUUUUCCUUUUGUGUUUUUCCAACAUCUGUCUCUUCUUCACUCGCUCUCUCCUAAUCAAUCUCCCCAACGACCUCUCUUUUUUUUUUUCAUUCAUACCUCUCUUCAUCUCUCUCUCUCUGCCCGGAAAAAUGGAUAACUUCUUGCCCUUUUCCUCUUCUAACGCAAACUCUGUCCAAGAACUCUCUAUGGAUCUUAACAACAAUCGUUCGCACUUCACAACGGUCCCUACUUAUGAUCACCUGGCUCAGCCUCAUCACUUGAUGCCGCCUUAUUCAUACCCGGUGGAGCAGAUGACGGCGGUGACGAAUCCUCAGCCCGUUUACUUCUCGGAGGGUUAUCCUCAGAUCCCGGUUACGAAAACCGGAAGUGAAUUCGGUUCUCUGGUUGGUAAUCCUUGUUUGAGGCAAGAGAGAGGUGGUUUUCUUGAUCCGCGUAUGACGAAGAUGGCAAGGAUCAACAGAAAGAACGCGAUGAUCAGAUCAAGAAACAACUCUAGCCCUAAUUCCAGUCCAAGUGAGUUGGUUGAUUCAAAGAGACAGGUGAUGAUGCUUAACUUGAAAAAUAACGUGCAGAUCUCCGACAAAAAAGAUAGCUACCAACAGUCCACAUUUGAUAACAAGAAGCUUAGGGUUUUGUGUGAGAAGGAAUUGAAGAACAGCGAUGUUGGGUCACUCGGGAGGAUAGUUUUACCAAAGAGAGAUGCAGAAGCAAAUCUUCCGAAGUUAUCUGAUAAAGAAGGAAUCGUUCUAGAGAUGAGAGAUGUUUUCUCUAUGCAGUCUUGGUCUUUCAAAUACAAGUUUUGGUCCAAUAACAAGAGCAGAAUGUAUGUCCUCGAGAACACAGGAGAAUUUGUGAAGCAAAAUGGAGCAGAGAUGGGAGACUUUUUAACAAUAUACGAGGACGAAAGCAAGAAUCUCUACUUCGCCAUUAAUGGGAAUUCGGGAAAACAAAAUGAAGGAAGAGAAAAUGAGUCGAGGGAAAGAAACCACUACGAAGACACAAUGCUUGAUUACAUAUCAAGAGACGAAGAGGAAGCUUCCAUUGCAAUGCUCAUCGGAAAUCUAAAUGAUCACUAUCCCAUCCCUAACGAUCUCAUGGACCUCGCCACUGAUCUUCAGUACCAUCAAGCCACGUCCUCAGUGCCACCUGAGGAUCACGCGUACAUGGGUUCGUCCGAUGAUCAAGUGAGCUUUAACGACUUUGAGUGGUGGUGAUAUGGUGGAAGUUCUCAAGUUCAUAUAGCUACCCCCUUAUGAAAAUAGACCUUAAGAUAUACAAGAGAGAUUAAAAGAAAAAGAUAGUAUAUUUCAUCGUAUCCGAGAUAUUCAACAUGAGAUUCAUAUCUAUAAUUGCUUUAUAGAGUGUUUUUAUUAAUUAUCAAUGUAUUAAAGUUUUUAAUUAAGAAAAAUGAUCAUUUGUCUUCA